AUGGAAAGCGCGAUACUUACAGCGGUGGCAGUCGAUAGUGCCACCCAUGGUAUCCAAAAUCUUCGCAUUGAUGAUGAAGACCAGAAUGAGCGGGCUUUGAAUGCGAUGCGGCAGGUCGAAUUUUAUUUUUCCGACUCUAACCUUCCAUAUGAUCGGUGGGCAGAGCAUUCAAUCUAUUUCGCCAACGCGGAGCACUGGGUGCCGAUAGCAACUAUUGCGACAUUCAAGCGCCUGAGCAAAUACCAGCCGUUGGGACCCCAAUGGCUGGUGGAUACCCUUCGUCAGAGCAUUCACCUCGAAGUGGACGGGGAAGGCACGCACAUCCGCCGGCGAACAGAAGUCCAGCAGAACAGUGCGUGGGACCGCAGUGUAUAUGCUAAAGGGUUCGGCAUUGAAGUGGACGGCUUGCAGCGGGAUCUCGAAAGAUUCUUUGAGUGCUAUGGCCGGACGAACGCCGUCCGUAUGAGACAGGACAGAGAGACCAACGCAUUCAAGGGUUCCGUGUUCACUGAAUUUGCGGACCCUCUCUCUGUGCAGUUGUUUCUAAAAGCUGAUCCCAAGCCAUCGUGGAAUGGGCAGGAGCUACUCAUCAUGACCAAACGAAACCACGAGAUCGCCCAGAAGAAGCUUGAACGCUCUCGUAAUGCGAGUGAGACUCAAGAGCAGACUGGGACAACGAAGGGAAAGGACGUCAACAAGGAAAAGAGCAAGACACAGGGAGAUGAGCAGAAUUCUGCUGGUCAAGACAGCGACAAGAACCAGUCGAAGCCCCAGCUGCAGUUCAAGUUCAUGGGAAAGGAGACGACUAUCCACGAGGGAGAGCAAGGAUUCUUCCUACAGGAAGAGGAAAUGCCUCACGUUAGUGGUGCGUCGCUGAAGUUCGAGUGCGACCAAGACGAUAUCAGCCUGAGUGACAUUCAGAAAAUCAUGAGAAUGCUGUACACUAGCGGACAUCGUCCAUUUGUGAAGUACCACAAUGGCGAGUCUGCAGGGCUCAUUGGGUUCAAAAAGCCUCUUUCCAGAGAAGAUAUUGUCUGCAUCCCUGCAUAUCUCAAGACGUGCAGCGGUCAAUACUUGACGUGGAGCAGUCCUGAUGACGAGACAGAGAGAACCUUCCAGAUGGAGUGUGCGCAGUUGCAUGCACUGCGCGUGCUCCGCGCGCUCCUUCGAUACCGCGGAAAGCGAGAUAGCUUACAGAUUAAAGGCAUCGCUGGCAACGCCACAGACAAGAUGGACACCGACAGUGAUGUCGUAAACCAGGAUCCAGUCCUCGCUGUUCCUGCGCCUUUCUCUGCCUCAGAUGGGAGAGCUGAAAAGCGCAAGCGUGAUCUGGAAGACGAUGACACCGAUGAAGACGAUAUCUAUGACGCAAACCUUCUCACCGAGGCUCGCUUGGUCGUGAGGAUUGCGAAGAGGGCGAGGAUGUGA